AAACCAGGUUUCCGCACUCAACAAUGCUGUUGCUGCCACCUGGGCCUCCUAAGUCACUUGGCUGCCAUGAGUAGGGGACCUGGCUUCCCGGCUGAGGCCCAACUGAGGGCCUCCAGGUACCAUGGAGGCUCAACUCUGGCUACUCCUGCCUCCCUACUGGUGGCCCCCCAGCUGUCAGGGCAGUGGCCAGACCGGCCAUGGGCUGCAGCAAGGAGGCAAUGCCCCAUCCUGUGAUCUCCACUCCGGGAUUUCUUUCCUCCUACAGCUCCCUUUGUGCUAGUCCUCCCUCUCCCUCCUGGUCAGGCUCCAAACCCUGAUGCCUGACACCUGGUCCUGGCAGCCCUCCUUCUCAGAGACUGAUGUUGGUCCGGUAGAUCCAUGUGGCUUCUCUUGCCAGACUUCAGGGACAAGGAGGGCCACACCCUAUAGCUCUGGUAGGUGGGCCUCUGAGCCCUCCAGAGCAGGACCAAACACCUAACGUUACAGAUGCAGGAAGUGGGUGACACCCGGGGGUAGAAACUGGUCUCUGCACAUCCAGGUGGUAACAGCUCUGUGGCCCCAAACUUCAGCCUCCGAUCCUUACCAGACCUUCGGAGAAGUAACCCAGGCUUUGGACAGCAGCCUGGGGUCAGGACGCAGAGGGGAGAAAGGCAGGAAGUGUCCCAGACCCUGGCAGAGACAGCUUUCUGGGAAGGGAGGUGAACAGGCACCACCCUCACUCGCUGAGGAACAGCCAGGCUUUGAUGGGCUCCUGUCAGGCAAGCACGAGCUGCAUACUUCACUCAUUGCACCUUCUUGUUUCCUUCUAAUAAAAGCCAAUCGUGGUAUUCUUAUUACUUUCUUUUUACAGAUGGUGUGGAUGUUGAGGCUGGGGAGGUUAAGUAACUUGUCCCAAAGCUCCCAUGGCUUGGAGCAAGUCCCAGUGAGCAGCCGGGACUGGGAUGCAAGUCAAUGUCAUAGCCAUUGUACCGCACAGCCUCUCCUGCCCCUCUCCUGGGUCCUGCUUGAGUGUCUGUCCACCUUCAGGUCAUACCUGUGAAGGCUCUUCCUGCCACAUGCACACAUGCAUCAGGGCUCUGAGGGCCGGGGAGGAUGGUGGCAGUGACAGGGCCAGAGUCAGGACAGGACCUGGGCCAGCACGUGCUACAAAGUGUGAGAAGUGUGGACCGGGCUACCCUACCCCUCUGGAGGCCAUGAAAGGACCCAGGGAAGAGAUUAUCUACCUGCCCUGUAUUUACCGAAACACAGGCAUUGAGGCCCCGGAUUAUUUGGCCACCGUGGACGUUGACCCCAAGUCUCCCCACUAUUGCCAGGUCAUCCACCGGCUGCCCAUGCCCAACCUGAAGGACGAACUGCAUCACUCAGGAUGGAACACCUGCAGCAGCUGCUUCGGGGACAGCACCAAGUCCCGCACCAAGCUGAUGCUGCCCUGUCUCAUGUCCUCCCGCAUCUAUGUGGUGGAUGUGGGCUCCGAGCCCCGUGCCCCAAAGCUACACAAGGUCAUUGAGGCUGAAGACAUCCAUGCCAAGUGUGACCUGGGCUACGUCCAUACCAGCCACUGCCUGGCUAGCGGGGAGGUGAUGGUCAGCUCCCUGGGAGACCCCAAGGGCAAUGGCAAAGGGGGUUUCGUGCUGCUGGAUGGAGAGACAUUCGAGGUGAAGGGAACAUGGGAACGGCCUGGGGGCGCUGCACCCAUGGGCUAUGACUUCUGGUACCAGCCUCGACACAAUGUCAUGAUCAGCAGUGAAUGGGCAGCUCCCAAUGUCUUUCGAGAUGGCUUCAACCCCGCUGAUGUAGAGGCAGGGCUGUAUGGAAGCCAUUUACACGUGUGGGACUGGCAGCGCCAUGAGAUCGUGCAGACCCUGCCCCUGCAGGAUGGGCUCAUCCCCCUGGAGGUCCGCUUCCUGCACAACCCAGACGCGGCCCAGGGCUUCGUGGGCUGUGCCCUCAGCUCCACCAUCCAGCGCUUCUACAAGAAUCAGGGAGGUACUUGGUCAGUGGAGAAGGUCAUCCAGGUGCCCCCCAAGAAAGUGAAGGGCUGGAUGCUGCCCGAAAUGCCCGGCCUGAUCACCGACAUCCUGCUGUCUCUGGAUGACCGCUUCCUCUACUUCAGCAACUGGCUGCAUGGGGACCUGCGGCAGUAUGACAUCUCUGACCCUCAGAGGCCCCGCCUCACAGGACAGCUCUUCCUUGGGGGCAGCAUUGUUAAGGGAGGGCCCGUGCAAGUGCUGGAGGACCAGGAGCUAAAAUCCCAGCCAGAGCCCCUGGUGGUCAAGGGGAAACGGGUACCCGGAGGCCCUCAGAUGAUCCAGCUGAGCCUAGACGGGAAACGUCUGUACGUCACCACAUCUCUGUACAGUGCCUGGGACAAGCAGUUUUACCCUGAUCUCAUCAGGGAAGGCUCUGUGAUGCUGCAGAUCGAUGUAGACACAGUAAAGGGAGGCCUGAAGUUGAACCCCAACUUCCUGGUGGACUUUGGGAAGGAGCCCCUAGGUCCGGCCCUGGCCCAUGAGCUCCGCUACCCCGGGGGUGACUGCAGCUCUGACAUUUGGGUCUGAAGUCCACCCCGGGUAGCCCCAUCCCACAUCUGAGCCCUCACUUCCUCAGACACCUGGCUUCACGCUGCUCCCUCUCGGCCCCCACGCCUUGGCAGAUAGUCCCACCAAAGCCAAACAGAGGCUAUUGGGACGUAUUGAGUGGUGUCUUCAUUUACUGACUACCUGUUGCAUGUUGCUCACUGGCUGUUUUUACACAAACUCUUGGAAAUUGCUUUACCAAGAAAUAAACUAUUGAACCUA